CGCGGUUGUGGGCAAAAGCUGGUUGGCAGAGGAAGUGAAUCAGAAUCGGAAGGGGGCGGUUUCCACUUUCCAUACCCUUACGAUAUCUUUCUCUCUCAAUUUUAUUAUUAUUGGUCAGAGAGGAUGGGCUCAACUUCACACGCUCUCUCUUUUUCUCUUCUUCCUCUGCCGCCAUCAGUUGUCACAAUCGAUUAGGGUUCUUCUUCUUCUUUUUCCGUUGUGGAAAUUGGUCCGAAGCAUGUUAGUGUUCGAGAAUGGCUGAGUUGAACGGUGCCAUGGAGGAGCAGAAGGUCACCAACAACGAUCGCUUUGCGGAGGUGGUUCGCUGGGAGAGGUUUCUGCCUCGGAUGGUUCUCAGAGUGCUGCUUGUUGAAGCUGAUCAUUCCACUCGUCAUAUCAUCACUGCGCUUCUUCGCAAAUGCAGUUACUCAGUUAUUGCGGUUCCUGAUGGAUUAAAGGCAUGGGAAACGUUGAAGAGGAAGGCGCCUGAUCUAGAUCUAAUAUUAACAGAAGUGGAGUUGCCCGCGAUAUCUGGAUUUGCACUUCUUUCUUUAAUUAUGGAGCAUGACACUUGUAAAAACAUUCCUGUCAUAAUGAUGUCUUCUCAUGAUUCAGUUAGCAUGGUGUUGAAAUGCAUGUUAAAAGGGGCGGUUGAUUUUCUUAUAAAACCCAUUCGGAGGAAUGAGCUUCGGAACUUGUGGCAACAUGUAUGGAGAAGGCACGCUAUAACGGCUCCUACUCAUAAUACAACAUUUUCACCGAAAAAGCUUCAAACUGCCUCAGAAGACAAUUCUGCAAGCAAUAAAUCCAGUGGUUUUGUGGCUUCCUCAAAGAAAAACAACGAAUGCAGCGAGAGAUUAAGUGAGGCUCAAAGUACUUGUACAUCGCCAAUUUUGGAAGCUGAGAGUACAUAUGUGGAUAAUAUGCAGGACGCAUACCAGCUGAAGAGUUCUAAGUUGAGCAAAAUUGAUAUGGUGAAGCAUGAAGAGUUUACCGAAUUUGAAAGGGAAUCAGCCAAGCAUAAUGACGAUACAGGAGAUAAGUCAAUUACUAUUGUAACAGAGGCUGCAUGGUGCGACAAAACUUUUGAAUUGACAGAUUUAACACUAGAACAAGACCAUGGUUGUGCUGAAUCUGAAAACAAGGAUGAAAUUUUAAAAUCUGAGUCAGGAAGAGAUAAUCCUAGUAGUAGUACUGAAAUACAUGGAUGCAGUGAUGAACGGGUAGAACCUUCUAAUGGAGCUAUUGACUUGAUUGCCACAUUUGGGAAUCCUUCAAAGCACCCUGAUGAAAACUGUUGUCUCAAAGAUGGUAAUACAAUCAAGUUUGAUUGUGAUGCACAAUUGGAACUUUCUUUAAAAAGUGAUUUUCCUGGCGGCUCAUGUAAACAAGCAAGCGAAGCAACUGAAGAAUCUCCAAGAUUGAACCAUUCAAAUACUUCUGCCUUUUCUUGGUAUACAAAUAGUAAAUCGUUGCAGCCUCUUUUUCCAACACCGACAAUUGCAUCUGCUAAAGUAAACAACCCCAAUUGGGAUUCUCACGAAUCCUAUAAACUAUCUGUAAUUACUUCUGGAAAUGGUUGUCAGUAUGGUGGCUCUAAUCAGAAUCUGGAGAAUAUGAUCAGUACAGUCAUUGGUCAGAAUGGACAAGUUAAGCCAAAAUUAUCAAACAGUCAAUGUGGACUCUUACCUGUUUCAGGGGUUAUUUCCAAUCUUAAUUCCAAGGGACAUGGUAAUGUUUUCCCUUCUGUGUUCUAUGCACAACCUGGCUUUCAUCCCAUGUGGAAUCCGAAACCAGUCUGCCAGAAUGAGAGUUCUCCCUUUCCCACUAGUAACUCCUCCCAGUCCAAUCCUGAAAGUAACAAUUCAGAUCAACAUCCUGAAAGUCCCAAAUGUCUUAAUCAAAAUGUAAAGGAUAAUAAUGAUUCGGAUCAUGCAAGGCAUGAUUCUCCUGCUGCUGAGCGUAGUUUAUGCCAUGAAACUGCAAAUCAUGUUAGUAUUAGUGCAUAUGGAAGCAUGGAGAGUGCAAACGAUGGAAAUGCUACUUCAGCUAUAGUAUCCAAUAACAACCCGGAAGGUUUCAGUGAUAGUGGUUGCCAUAAUUAUGAUGGAUUCAGAGUGACAGAUUCUCAUCACUCCAGUCAAAGAGAAGCGGCUCUGACCAAGUUUCGACUGAAGAGGAAAGAAAGAUGCUUCGAGAAAAAGGUUCGAUAUCAAAAACGGAAGAGACUGGCAGAGCAACGGCCUCGGGUCAAAGGGCAGUUUGUACGCCAAGUACACAAUGAUCAUCCAGUCGCCGAGGCUGGUGGUGAUUCAUGAAAUUUGUUCUUUUUAGGUUACCUGUUGUAUUAAAUUACAGCUGACUUUAACACUGAUUGCAUCAACAAGGAUUAGUUGUAGGGUGAUGUCUGUGUGUGUUGGUGGAAUCUGUUUAUCUUGAAGCAUUAGGCAAGAGUAGGCCAGUAAGGAGAUAGGUAAAGGGUAGUGUUAAACAUUCCAAAUGUUUUCUCAUGGCUUUAUAUUUGUACUGCCGCUUACAAAUUUAGGAUUGUAAUUAUUUAGUGGAAUUGGUUUUGGUUUUACCUGUGUAUAUGUUUUCUUGGUUGAAUACUAAUAUAUAUGGGUCUGUAAUUUACAUAAGGCUGUAGGCUUCGGUUUGAAAAUUUCACUCGAGAACCUCUGGUUAUGCAAUUGAACGAUCUUUCUUUGCA